AAAAGGGGGACUGGUACAUGGGUGUCGUUGUGGACAUUGGACUUUACCAGCAAACAGGCUCCAAGGACACGCUGCCAGCGCAGCUAAGGGGAGUGCUUCUAUACAAUAGCCUUGACCAUUCGUGGACGCUAUCCGGUUCAGCGAUGGACUUACGCUUCGGACAUCUAGCAUCCUUCUUCCACAAAGGCUCAGAAGGACCCGUCAUGGAGUUGAUGGAAAACAUUGACAUCAAAUACCUUGAACUGUCCUACCAAUAUCAGGCAUCGGGCGGAAACACCUUCACCUUCACUGGCAUCAUCCUUUUUGGUGCAUUAGAGCUUGAUCUAUUUUUUACUUACAAGACAACUGGGUGGACUUUCAACUCGCGGCUUGUUGAAACGGCAUCUAAUGAUAGCCCUAUGGCUACCACAGUAGGGGAUAUCUUCAAGAGCAUCACAGGGUCGGAGGCCGAUAUUCUCCCAUCAUUUCUGUCCGAAAUUAGUGUGAGCCGUGCACAGACAAAGAGGAAUGCGAUCGGGAUAAGCUGCGCGAGCAUUCCGAACCGAGCGAUAUUCUUUGCUGCCUACGCUAACAUCAUUGGCCUUUCACUGGCGUUUAUUCAAUACAAACCAACUACGAGAUCAAGCUCCACGAAGCGGAUCAUCAAAGCAUCUCUAUCCCAGUUCCCAACUCUGACUAUACCACUAGUAGGAGAGCUUCCACAGCUGUUCGAGGAAGCUUAUUUUCUAUGGGUGCAGGAUACUUCUCAAGCCGCCGAUGAGUCGUCCAAGGGAAUCACGCGCGCUGAGCUGAUCGACAUCAACUCCGUUGUCAUCAAUCCGGACCCAGAUCCGCCCGAUAGCGCUGGCGAAAAAUCUAAUACGUCACGUGACGGCAACGACAUCGUCAUACAAGCAGGUUGGCAUUUCGUCGUCGUUGUCAAAAAUGCGACCGGACAAAGAGAUGUGGCUAUUGAUUACGUAUUCGGGCAAAAGAAUAAAUCCGACCCGAAACCAGCUACAAAAGACCAGCCUACAGGAAAAGACGAAUCUGCGGCGUCAAAUCAAGCUCCGACGAAGGCCAAAGAAUCCGAUAGUGACGAAAAACCACACGAGAAGGGUUCGGGUGAUGUCAAGAAAGAUCCUUUCAAGAAGGCUGUGGGACCUUUGUCAAUCAGUAACGUCGGUUUUAGUUAUGCUGGUGACACUCUUACUGUCAUUGUCGAUGCGACAUUGGCACUAGGACCCCUCGAGCUUGACCUCUUGGGCUUUCAAAUCAGCCUUCACUUUGCGAAAGGCAUCACUCUCCAAAAUCUGCCCACCCCAGACAAGUUCAAGAUUGAUCUCGCAGGGCUGGCCGUUGCAUUCAAUAAGCCUCCUGUCACUAUAGCAGGGCGUUUCCUACACACCCCCUCAGAUGCCCGGGACUUCUUCGCAGGCGGAGUGGUCGUAGCUUUCAAGCCGUGGAUGUUCCAAGCAGCCGGUUUCUACGCGGAUAAUAAAGCAACGGAGAAAGUGGGUGCUUUUAAGAGCGUGUUUGUCUUCGCCAAACUCGAAGGCCCUCUAAUUACCUUUGGGUUCGCUGAGAUUUCGGGCAUCACUGGCGCAUUUGGAUAUAAUGUCCAGUUGAGGUAUCCAUCGGUGUCCGAAGUCAUGACAUUCCCAUUUGUCGCGUCAAAUGACAGUGACCUAUCUCCUCAGAAGGCCCUACAAACUCUGGUGGAAGGAGACAAUCCCUGGGCAGUCCCAAGCUUAGGCUCGAUGUGGCUAGCCGCUGGCCUAAAAGUAACUGCGUUCCAGGUCCUGUCCAUCGAUGCCGUUAUAGUAAUCCAGUGGGCUCCGGUGGUAAAAUUAGGAAUCUUUGGCGUUGGAAUCUGUGAUGUGCCAAACUCGAAAGCCGAGAAGAAAUUUGCGCAUAUAGAGCUCGGCUUAUUGUGCACUGUGGACCCAGCAGCUGGUGUUCUCAAGGUCGAGGCACAAUUAUCGCCAAACUCCUACAUACUGGAUCCAGGUUGCCACCUCACCGGAGGGUUUGCGCUGUAUUCUUGGUGGAAACCAGAUCAGCCACAGCUAGAGAGUCAACCAACAGAUCACUCUGAUGGAGACUGGGUCUUUACCGUUGGUGGCUAUCACCCCGCGUUCAAACCGCCCCCUCAAUAUCCAAAGGUAGAGCGACUGAAGAUUAGUUGGAAUUUGGAUGACACUCUUGCUAUAUCUGGCGAGGCGUAUUUUGCCGUCACACCAAAGGUGUGUAUGGGUGGAGGCAAAUUGCACGCUUCACUUUCACUAGGUCCGCUCAGAGCUUGGUUUGAUGCUUACGUCGAUUUCUUGAUUAAUUAUCAGCCGUUUUACUUCAUCGGAGACGGUGGAAUCUCCGUGGGAGUUGCAUAUGACUUGGAUCUAUGGCUCGUAAGCCUCCACAUCCAAGUGGAGAUUGGCGCCACCUUGCACAUUGAAGGUCCGCCUGUCGCAGGUUAUGUGCACGUCAACUUCUGGGUGUUUGGUUUCGAUGUCAAGUUCGGAAGUCAGGGUGCGAAACCAGACGUGCUAACUCUGAGACGGUUCUAUGACUUGCUUUUGCAGUCUUCCACGGGUACUUCCAACAAGAGCGCGCCGCAUGUGUACUCAUGCGUGCGAGGAUUAAUACCCCCAAAGACUACAGUAGCUCCAGAGUCCAGUGAACCGUGGAGGGUUACAGGUGGUAUACUCCAGAUUGCAGUAUCGUGUAAAGUGGCAUUUUACGGCGUUACGAUCAACAACAAGGCAAGGCCAGAGCUGGGUGACAGCACACCUCUUUAUGCCAAGCCCAUGCAGCUGACUGAUCAGCUGACAAAGUCUGAGUUGACUAUUGGGAUACAACAUCCUGGUAAUGAAGAGUCAGCGUGGAGGUUUGAACGGACUAGCAGCGCAGUUCCCCGCGCUCUUUGGGAGAAGUAUGACGAAAGUGAAGAUCCCAUCAUAAGUAACCAGCUGAAAAACUUACUGGGCAGUUCGGAUGUUUCCAUGAAUCUGACUACCGGUUUGGUCAUUCGCGCUCCAGAGCCUGAGACAUCUGAUGGAAAUUUCGCAAAGUUUGAUGCGGCCAAAGCUGCCAUGGAAUCAGUGUACGAUGAUGAUGAAAAGCAACCUAAAAUCCAAGUAUUUGCACCAGCAAGUCCAGCAUGGACGCCUGCUAGUCAACCCGAAACGGAUCGAUGGAAAUUGGUGAAAGAUACUUGGAAUAGCUCAUCGGAGACCACCAGUCAGCAAAUAGUAAGCACUUGGUCGGGCGCUAUGAACUGGACCUAUCUGGCAGCUGAGGAUAGUUUGGGCGGAAACAAACCAAAGUUGCUCCUCCAGGACUUUGACAAUAUAUACAUAAAGCCACCUUUAAUCAAGGUGUGA